AUGAACCACUUAACCCUUGUCGGCUGCCUUUUGCUCUGGUCGGGCGCCCAAGCAGCCUUCCAGGACUUCGUGGUGGGACCUGAGUACUAUGAAGGUGAUGAUGAAAUGGUUCCGCUUGGACAAGAAUAUCUGGAGGAGGAUGGGGGUGAGGACGUCAUGGUCUCAUUCCAAGAUGCGCAACGUGAGGGCGCUGUGGAUACCAACCUGCUGAUGAAAGCCCUAAUGCAGCAUGCCAAACGUUUGGGCAUGAGUUUGGAUGAGUUGGCUCAAUUGAACAUUGAAGCAGAAGAAGAGGAGUCUAUGAACCAACUGGGCUGCUCAUCUGGCCAAGAUGUCUUUGGCCACCAGGAAAAACCCACUUGGCGGGAUGUGCUCUUUAACUGA